AUGGCAUCACAAUAUGAAUUCGUUGCAACAAUUAAACUGGAAGCAAUUUGUGUGUUCCGUAAUGUUAUGCAAUGCCUGUGCGACUGUGACGAAGUUGUUAUAGUAACGAAAGACGAUCAUAUAUAUUUGUCAGGAAUUGAUGUCGAAGGUUGGCCAAAUCCCGUUAUCAAGUUGAAAGCACGAAUGUUUUCGGAGUAUCACGCAUCAUUUGAGAAUUUCUAUAAACUUCCUUCACCUGGAAUCAAGCCGAUUUUUAAGUGUCUAACCAAGAUCACGAAAUUAACGUUCUAUGUCAAACGAAAUUCUGACCGUAUAGUCUUCGAAAUUGGUGAUCAAACGGCUGAUCUUAUGAAAUUCUCCCGAAAUUAUGCCAACCUUGCAACUUUCGAAACUUUGGUUUCAACCAUUGAUCCUAAGGAUUGCAAAAACAAAUGGACUAUUGAACCAUUUAUCGUGAAAAAUUGGUUGAAUGAGUUAGGUCGAACGGUGAACGAUAUCACACUUUAUCAUACACUUGAUGUACUUCACAUAGGAGCAGUUGAUACGAUGUUAGAAGAUGAAGAUGGGAUCGGACAAUCAGUGAUCUCAAAGUUCUGCGUUAAUAAAAAAGAGUUUAAAGAAUACGAUAUUGACAAAACAUGGGCUAUAACUCUCUGUAUUCCACUCUUAAAGAAAAUCUGCAAUCUAGCAAAUUCUAUGGAUAAUGAUCUUAAAGUACAUUUCGAAACUGAAGAAGACCGAACUUUGACGAAAUUCAAUCUAUUUAAAAUGCCAAUGCUUUUUAAUUCAGAAAACGAAUUUAUUAAAAUGGAAGCAAUGAUGUUUGGUAGUAGGGCUGGCUCAACAGAUCCAAAUAGCGUAAGGAUUCCGCAAGCAACAAUGGAUGUUUUGGAAAGAAAUGAAAAUUCGGAAGAUACGGAGAUGUUUAUUCCAGAGG